AUGACCUGGUUUUAUUGUUACUCCCUCAUUUCCUCAUUUCUCUUUUCUCAAUGUCUUGCUCUACAUACCACCACGGCAGGUUCAACCAACAUAUCAGCCCAGCGGCUCGCUAACAAACUCGCUGUUGUGACUGGCGCAUCUUCAGGGGUCGGGCGCGCUAUUGCUCUCCUGUAUGCACUUCACGGAGCCAAGCUCAUUUGCGCCGACCUGCGCUCUGAUAUUGAUACCGAACGUUCGGGUCAGCCGCCUGAGACACCCACACAUGCACUCAUUAAUGAGCGUGGCGGACAAGCCGUAUUCCUUCGAUGCAACGUGACCAAGGCGGCAGAGGUCGAGGCCUUGGCCAACGAAGCUGUUCAAGCAAUACGAGCAACUAGGCAUGUGAGUGGCGGAGAUUAUUUCCAGCUAACAAAAGUGGCUAAUAGUCUAAAAAGCAUGGUUAACAACGCCGGCGUCAAUGUGGAGGCCAUACAACCAGUCACGAUCUAUGAAUCUUCCGAGGAACUGUUUGAUCAGACCUUUGCUAUCAACACCAAAGGUGUCUUCCUGGCCCCCACCCCAGUGGCGACCUGGGCUGAAUUGUCAAUAUCUCAUCUAUCUUGGGCCUGGUCGGUCUUGAUAAUUGCCGUUGUUGGCCUACUCCUAUUCCAAAUAGCCCCGUGCUUACUCCAAAUAGCUGCAUACUGUGCAUCCAAGGCUGGCGUGCUUGGACUGACACGAAACGUCGCGCUUGAUUAUGCAAAACAUCGCAUUCACCGCGAUGCGAUCGCGCCUGGAUGUAAGGAGUGUGCACGAGGGACUGGAACUCACCAUGUUAAACGCCGCCUCUCGACUGAUCCCCCCUGA